AUGAUGUGGCAGACCUUGAUGCAUAUUACCAGUGAAAAACAACUCCAGCAAAUGGGACUAGCAAUUGCUAGCUUAUCCACCUCCGCAUUACUUGGCCGAAUAGGACAAUCCUCUGGUCUCAAGUGGUGGAACCUGUCACACCCUUUGUUUCUAGAGCACGUUCCCGAGGACGAGCUUCGCCAGGAGGAGCUUGGUGGCCGCCGACAGUCUGUCGCCCACAACAUUAUCCAGAACCCUCUCAAGCGCAAAUCGGAACAGGAUGUUGUCCUGGAGGCCGAAGCGUGGGCGCAUGCGCAUGGCAUGGAACAGCAUGCAGAUCUUUUUGGCCGCGCUGCCCUCGUUGCCCGGGACCCCGAUAAUUUUGAGCUCAUGUCAGAACUGCCUGACGACGAACGCCAGGCACUGGUUUAUGAGAAGGGACACAAGUGGCACGGCUCCAAGAUGCUGUGGUACUCCAUUAGUCUCUGUGCGAUUGGCGCCGCUACCCAGGGAUGGGACCAGACUGGAGCCAACGGCGCAAAUCUUUCGUUUCCGGAAGAGUUUGGCUUGACAGGCGAAGGAAGGGAUGAAUGGAUUGUCGGACUGAUCAAUUCGAUCAUUUUUCUUACCGCCGGUCUAAUUGGUGCAUUUAUCGUCGAUCCGCUUAACCACUAUCUGGGGCGCAGAGGUGAGAUCUUCCUCACUGCUGCCUGCCUUACUGCGACACCGAUUGGCUCGGCAUUUGCGAAAAGCUGGCAGGGCCUCUUCUGGGCGCGAUUCAUCAUGGGAAUUGGUAUUGGCGCCAAGAACGCAACCGUACCGAUCUACUCAGCCGAGAUGGCGCCCCACAGAAUUCGUGGCGCGUUAGUUAUGUUCUGGCAGCUGUGGGUUGUCAUGGGUAUCUUCCUGGGCUUUGCCGCAAACAUCAUCGUCAAGGAUGUUGGCAAAAUUGCAUGGCGACUACAGUUCGGCUCCGCAUUCAUUCCUUCUUUUCUGCUUCUCAUCGGCAUCUUCUUCUGCCCAGAAUCUCCUCGCUGGCUAAUGAAACACAACAAGUUCGCACAGGGCUUCAAGUCUAUGCAAGCCCUUCGAGCGCAUGAUAUCAUUGCAGCCAGAGAUUAUUACUACUCGUAUGUCAACUACGAAGAGGAGAAAAAGGUAGCUGGUGGUGCUGGAUACUUUGCCCGUCUCAAGGAUUGUUUUACCGUUCCGAGAAUCCGGAGAGCCAACUACGGAGCGUCUACUGUUAUGCUUGCGCAGCAGAUGUGCGGCAUCAACAUCAUUUCGUUUUACAGUUCAUCCAUUUUCACUAGCGUUGGUUAUACCCCCACGGAAGCGCUCUACGCCUCAUUGGGAUAUGGCGCCGUUCAAGUUGUUUCGACCAUCCCGACGCUGUUCCUGAUCGAUACGAAAGGCCGUCGAACACUGACUAUGAUUACUUUCCCACUUAUGUGUAUCUUCCUUCUCGCUGCCGGACUUUCACUGCUUCCCAACGGUGCCUAUCAUAUUUCCCCUCUGGGCGACCAGAAUCCCGCCAACGAUAUGAGGCCAAAGGGUGCUAGACUUGGCCCAGUUGUUCUCUUCAUCUACUUGUUUACAAUAUGCUAUUCCCUGGGAGAAGGCCCUGUAGCUUUCCAAUACUCAGCCGAGGUCUUUCCGACUAUACAACGUGAACAGGGAAUGGCUUGGGCAGUCUGCAUCAACAACACGUUUGCCGGCAUUCUCGGUUUGACCUUCCCACGGAUGAAGACGGUCAUGACGUCCACGGGUGCCUUCGGUUUCUACGCUGGUCUUAACCUGGUAGCAUGGGCGAUGAUUUUCUGCUUUGUGCGCGAGACGAAGCAGCUAACACUGGAGGAGAUUGAUCAGGUCUUUUCGGUCCCGACCAAAACUUUCCUUCGUUACGAAAUGAAGGAGCAGGUGCCAUGGUUUAUCAAGCGGUACAUUUUCUUCCGAAACAUUCCUCGCCCCCCUCCAGUCUUCGAGAAAGAGGACAAAACGGACAGCAUGUAG